GACCUCAUUUCCCGUGUCCUCUCUGUGGCUAUCCAAAGAAAGUCAUCUUUCAGACUGUUUGCUCAGAGUUCAUCUCAAAACCUGGCAAAGGUUGGAGCAGUCAAUGAGUCAGAGCCUUUAAACAGAAAUCUACUCACUUUUCUGUGUGCACAAGGCUGAGCAGAGGUUCUGCCUCUCAAGAAGAACUGAGUGCUCUUGGGCAUUCAACACACCGCAGAGACCAGCAAUCUUGCACCCUCACCUCACAGCAUGGACAGAGGAGACCAAGCUAAGAGAACCAGGAAUGAAAACGUUUUCAACUGCUUAUACAAAAGCCCUGAGGCAACUUUUAAGCUGAUUUGCUUUCCCUGGGCAGGAGGUAGCUCCGUUCAUUUUGCCAGAUGGGGCCAAGAUACUCAUGAUUCGCUGGAAGUGCACUCCUUCAGGCUUCCUGGAAGAGAAAGCCGAAUUGAAGAACCUUUUGCAAAUGACAUCUCCCAGUUAGUUGAUGAAGUUGUUUGUGCUCUGCAGCCAGUCAUCCAGGACAAACAAUUUGCAUUUUUUGGCCACAGUAUGGGAUCCUACAUUGCUUUUAAGACUGCACUACACCUAAAAGAAAACAAUAAACCAGAACCACUGCAUUUAUUUUUGUCAAGCGCAACUCCUAUACAUUCAAAGGCCUGGCCUCGCAUUCCCAAAGAAGAUGAAUUGUCAGAAGAACAAAUUAGUCAUUACCUUACGGAAUUUGGAGGCACCCCCAAGCAUUUUGUUGAAGACAAGCAACUUAUGCAACAAUAUAGUCCCAUGAUAAGGGCAGAUCUGAACGUUGUUAGUAGUUGCACCUCUAACAUACCAUCUAAGGCUGUUCUUUCUUGUGACUUAACAUGUUUUGUUGGAUCUGAAGACAUAGUAAAGGACGUGGAAGCCUGGAAAGAUGUAACCAGUGGAAGUACUAACAUUCACCAGCUUCCAGGGGAUCACUUUCAUCUUCUGGAUCCUGCCAAUGAGAGAUUAAUCAAGAACUACAUAAUCAAGUGUCUAGAAGUAUCAUCGCUUGCCAAUUUUUAGAUAUUUUUUCCUUUCACUUUUAAAAUAAUCAAAGUAAUAUGAUAAUCUUUUCA